GGCCCGCCGCCGGGGCUGGGCAGGCCGGGACUGGACGUGCGUGCCUCCUGUGGAAACCCCGGCGCCUCCAGCUCCGCCCUACGCGUGUCCGUGUGCCGGGGCGGGCGGGGGAGCAGCCCCGACCGCCGCCCCGCCCCGCCAUGCCGCAGCCGUAGGCAGCCCGCGGCCGCAACCAGCCGUCGGCCUCCGCGGCCUCCGGGCGGCGCGGCGGCGGCGGGCCCUGCCCUGCCCGAUGGGCAGCCUGCUGAGCGGGGUCAGCUUCAAGGAGCCCACCACGGUGGAGGACUGCGACUCCACCUGGGAGACAGACUCGGAGCCCGAGGCGGCGGAGCCCGGCGGGGAGCCGCGGCGGCAGGAGGGGGUGUGCACCGCCGCGGGAGGCGGGGAAGAGCUGGCUGAGCUGCCCGCAGCAGACUGCCGGCCGCAGGAGCCCCCGCUGCCACCGUCCCCUGCUCCGGAGGAGGGCGAGCGGGCGGAGCCGGACGCCGCUAGCCCCGAGCAGAGUGGUGAUGGAACUGAGCUGACAGCCAAACCGAAAAGAAGCUUCUAUGCAGCAAGAGAUUUAUACAAGUACCGACACCAGUAUCCACAGAACUUUAAAGAUCUUCGAUAUCAGAAUGAUUUGUGCAAUCUCCGCUUUUACAAAAAUAAAAUCCCGUUUAAACCUGAUGGGGUUUAUAUUGAAGAAGUCCUAAAUAAGUGGAAAGGAGACUAUGAAAAACUGGAACAUAACCACACUUACAUACAGUGGCUUUUUCCACUGAGGGAGCAAGGUCUGAACUUCUAUGCUAAGGAAUUAACUACAUAUGAAAUUGAGGAAUUCAAGAAAACGAAAGAAGCAAUUAGAAGAUUCCUUUUGGCUUACAAAAUGAUGUUGGAGUUUUUUGGUAUAAAGCUAAUUGAUAAAACUGGAAACGUAGCACGAGCUGCUAACUGGCAAGAAAGAUUUCAGCAUUUGAAUGAGUCUCAACACAACUACUUGAGAAUCACUCGAAUUCUGAAAAGUCUUGGAGAGCUUGGAUAUGAGAGUUUUAAAUCUCCCCUGGUAAAAUUUAUUCUCCGUGAAGCUCUUGUGGAAGAUACUAUUCCCAACAUUAAGCAAAGUGCUCUAGAAUAUUUUGUGUAUACUAUUAGAGACCGAAGAGAAAGGAGGAAACUCCUGAGGUUCGCUCAGCAACAUUAUACACCCUCGGAGCAUUUUAUCUGGGGACCCCCAAGAAAACAGAAGUUGGAGGGAAGCAAAACAAAUAAAAAGCCAGCAUCUCCAAUUUCUAUUCACAAUAGUUGUAUUUCUAAGCAUAAGAAACCAAAAGAGCCUAAGAAUACAUCGGCAAGUGGAAGCUCAGCUGGUAAAACAACUGAAGAAAGAAAGGUAGAACUCACAAAAAAUGAGGAAGAAAAUGACCAGGAUGACCAAGAAAUGAACUGUGAUGCUGUUAGGCAGAACAACAGUGAAAAGAACAGUGAUACUGAUAGCGGUCAGCUUUCAAAAUCAGAAGACGUUCAAGGUGCUUCAGACAGAAAGGAGGACACUUCUCAUUCCAAAAAAGAUGAUGAAGGUCUGAACAGUGACUGUGGAAAUCACCCAGGCACUAAAGAGAAAGAUUUAUGUGACACCGAGAAUUCCUCAAAUAACACAUUAGCAGAUCUGCAAGAUAACCUUGAUAAGGAUACACUUACAGGGGGGGACCACCACAAAAACCAAGGAUAAGCUCAAAUAAUGAGUCUGAGAUUAAAAAUCAUUAUGUUUCAUAUUGAAUGAGCAAAUUACUCCUUGCUCCUUUAUUUUGGGUGAAAUUCCCAUCCAGUGUUGUAUGAAAUGUUCAUGAGACUGUGCUUGUUGCAGAUGCAUCAGAUUAGGCUUCUGUUAGGUUAAUGAAUUUUAUUUUUUUCAAGCUCAGUUUAUCAGCAGUCAACCAGAUGUGGCUCUUAAAAACAAUCAUGUAUAUCCAAAUCUAAGAAAUUAUCUUUUCCAGACAGACUGCAUAGAAAAUCUUAUCUAUUUUUUUGCCAUUGAAUCCAUCUAGUAUUUAAAAACAAAAAAGGUAUAACUUACUAGAAAGCCUUGGAACAUCAGAACUUUAAAGUUUCUUUUAAUAUGCUUUAAGUGUUGAUUUCAUUUUAUGAAAUGACUCCAAAUUAUUUCAAGAGCACAGUUUUUUCCCUAGUGGAUAUUUUUUAGGAAUUAUGUUCAUGUUUAACAGCAGUAUUUGCACAACAUCUUUUACCUUAAAUCAGCAUCCUCGUUGGAGACAUAACAGAUAUCAAAAUGUCCUAUGCAGCUGGGUAUCACUGUACAUUGAAUAAAAGUUUAACUUACAAUGAAACUGUAUCUGCAGCUUCUGGGUACAAGGGAAGUUGCACUUUAGACUUCUUUUAGCCCAUGUGAAGUUCUCUCUUCUCUUGACUCAUUUGUUAGUAAUACUAAUUUGGAGGAGAGGGGUGUUUCUUUGAUCACUCAGAUUUGGUUUCAUUGUGAAGGCCUUCUGUUGAUCAGCUGUAAUAAAACAAGUCCCCCAGCUGGGUUCAGCACCUGGAAAGCCUCUGGACAGCUGAAAAGCAGUCUCCUCACCACAAAACUUAACUGCUUAAUCAUCAAAGCCAUCAGAGAAAAUGUCCCCAUGCCUGUCCAGCUGGAUCUUACCUGAACUUGGAUGUUUCUUGGCCAGUUUUAUGUAGGGUCUGCACAGCGCUGAAAUCUUGUUGCUGCUCUGGGGGAGAAAUACAGCCCUGAUGCUUCCUUCCAGCUGUUUCCUCUCUUUGCUUUCAAUCUGAGGUCUUUCACAAUUUAAUGUUAGUUUGAUCAUCAGCUGAUAGAGGCAGGCCAGUCUGCUGGCCCAGCUGGAGCCCAGCCUGUAGGAAUUUUGCAAUUAAGAUCUUUCCCAACUUUCUUCACUGAAGGACUGUCUGCUGUCCCCAAGUAGCCUUGUCUUACUUCAUGCCAGUCAAACAAGAUAGUACCCAGCAACUUCUGUAGAAUAUGAAUUAAAAAAUAAUGCAGGUAGAACUUACACUUUCUACAGUCCUAAAAUAGUCUAAAAGUUCUAUAUGUAUUUUCUAUUUAAAAGUAUAUAUAUUAUCCACUGCCUUUAAUGUAUUUUUGAUGAAAUGUCAUGAGGCAAGUCGCUGACUACAGUUUGAGUGUCAGAGGGCUACAGGACUUUAUUCAAGUCUUAUAACUCAAAAUGACAAAGUGUUCAGGAGUUUCAGAGCAUAGUCGAAACGUCUUUGUUUUUCUGUUUUGCUAAUUCCCAUCAUGGCAGUGCAUCCUCCAUUGCUUUCCAUAGGUAGAAUUCUUUCUUGGGAUUAAAUAGCAUGGUAGUUAGAGAUCUUGGUACCCAUGGACAAAGAUUAGGCUUUGUCCCAUCCUAAAGAGGCAGGGAAGAAGGAAGAUUUAUCCCUCCUUAUCCUGUGCUGACUUGUAAGGAAAGGAAAGUAUAUAUGUGGAUUUUUUUAAGGGUAACUCAAAUUGCUCAAGGAGACACUAAGUCUGUCUGAGUAGAAAUGCCCCAGAGAAUUCCUUCCUUGAAAUCUGAAAAGGUGCUUAGGAGCCUUUCACAAUACCAUGGGCUUGAACUAGGAUCCCCUUGUUCAUAUUUCCUCUGACCUUCAGAGCAGAAGGGGUAAGGAAAUGCUAAGAUAAAAUUGGUCCAUGUAGUUAAGGACUUGACUUGACCUGACUUGUAUGCACAGGGAGGACAGCUUUAUAUUCUGCCUGUGACUUUUUAAAUCUUGAGUGCCUAACCAUGCUAACUUGAUAGCGGUUUUUCUAGUUAUUUCUUUAAUGGCAUAGGGAAAAUGUGUGUAAUAAUAUAACUGUAAGGAACAGAGCCUUCAAUUGAUGGAUUUUAAUAUUAAACACUUCAAAAUGUAGUGUUCAAGUGACAUAAGGGAUGUUGGGAAUGUAAUUAUAUUUAUACUGUAAUUUGAUGGAACAUCGAUGACCUCAGGAGAUCUUUUGUCUUUUUGUUACGCACACACAAAAAAAGAAAUCUUGCUCUAUUUUUAACCCAGGAAGCUCUUGGGAUGUGCAUCCAAAUGAUUUCUCUGCAGUACGGUAUUCUGUUACUGUGACACAGCUUUCACCUACACAUGCUUGCUGGUUCUCCACUCGUAAUUAAGUACUUAAUGUGGUUUUAAUCUGUCAGGGUUGUCUGCGUUAAGGGCCUAGUGUAUCUGAAAAUGCAGUUGGGAACUUUGGGACUCAUAUCUUUAUUAACUGCAAUUUUUAUUUUUUUUUUUUUUUAAUCCACAACUCAGUCUAUUUCUGCCAGUUUUCAGAGAAGUCAGAAAAGUAGUGACAUACCUAUGAAGAACUAUGGGCAUUAGCUAAGUGAAGUUUUUUGUGUCAGGUGGACUCCUGCACUCUGUAAUCUUUGGUAGCUUUAUCAACAGAAUUAUUCCCGUGGGACAGUUCAGCUCUAACUAGCAAAUUCUGCUCUAUGUUAAAUGCAAUGGUUUAUAAUUCUUUUCAUAGAGUUGUUUCUUGUGAUGCUGCAAGUGAUUAAAAGAAGGAUUCAUUGCAGGGCUAUCAUACUGUGUAGCAUCCCAUAGGUAAAUGGGUGCAUUGUGUGCAUUUCAUUACAGAAGCAUGGCCUUAGCAACCAGAAGCACUCCAUGCUUGAUGUUUCUGAGUGUUGGCUUUCAGGCUUACAGUACAACAUAUUUUAUAAUACUGUAUUCUUGUAAAGGCCAGUACUUUUUACCAUUACUUCAGAAACUGAGGAUGAGCAAGGAAAGCCAGGAUAUUUACUCACUGUUAAACUUGGGUUUAUCUUGCUAUAUACUUAAGUACUCAGGGAUUUCUGUGUACUUGCUACAAUAAUGUAUUUUGGCCAAGUGUUUUAUUGGAAUCUGAGCUAUUCACUCCCAUACAGGGGUUAUUUCCUUAUAAGUACAUCUGAGUAGUCUCUGGUACUUUUAAGUGGGAGUAGUGUAUAUAUACACACACCUGUGAAUUCAAGUAUCCUAUAAUGAGGGGAUAUGAAUGCAAAACUGGACAAUAUGUUACUGAGUACACACAUAUCAUGCAAAAAUGCAGCACUUUAACAUUAAUUACAUCUCUGUGCUCUACUAUGUGGGAUGUAACUGUGCCUCAGUUGCUGAAACUAUUGGCAUAGAGACUGACAGUUUGGGUAAGUGAGGUGUGCACCACAGACCAUCCAGAUUUUAAGAGCAGUUACACUUGUGCACUUAUCUAGGAGCAGAACUGAGCUCUUGGUGUUCAUACUGCUCAUAUUUAAAGAUGUAAUCCUGAAGGAGGCUAAAAAUACUUGCAAUAACCCUUUAAGAGCUGUUUUCUGGCUUAGUCAACUCCUCAGUUUCCUGCUUUAAGAUUGCAGCAAUCUGGUAUAUUAGGUGUUUGUUUAACCAUUGCCAUUAUAUCAAGUAACCUAGUGUAAGCCUCCUUGAAUUAUCCCAGGAUAAUUCUAAUAAUCUGCGGAUGCAUAUGUCUGCUCUAUAACCAGAAAGUUUACAGACUUUAGAAGCUUUGUAUAAUUUUGAUAGUUGAUCCAACAAGGUAAGGGAGAUUCACUAGAUUUAAAUGGAAAACAGCUUUUGUUUGUUUCUUAAAUAAAGUUUAUGUAUAUCUGUUUAGUUGAAUUAUUUUUUUGUACCUUUCUUUUCCUGGCAGUUGUGAUGGUAGCGAUGAAAAAUUAUAGUAAGAGAUAUAUGCUUAAGUGAAAAUGUAACUCUUUUUACACCGUAGUUUUACAAAUUUAAUGUACCAUACUGAAUUUCCUUGACAAAAGCUGUCUUUAUGAAUAAGAUGCAAGUAUGUAAAGUAUGUUUUGCAGUUAAUAAAUAUGUAUGACAAUAUCCUACUAAUGAUGUACAUUGUCCUAAGAACUAUCGGUGUGGAUCAGAACCAAAGAUGUUUCUAGCCCUGUACCCUGCCUCCCGCAGCAGCCACCAACAGAUGGUGUGAAACAAAGAACAGAUAAGGUGACUCCAUUUUUCUCCAGGAAUUUCUCCAUUUUUGAACUCAUGGUUUCUUUCAGCCUCCACAAUCCCUUGUGGCUGUGAAUUCCAUGUUUAAUUAUGUUCUUUAUGGAAAAAAUAAUAUCUUGUUUGUCUCAGAUCUCUUUAUUCAAGAGUUGCUAGAGCAUAUGAACACAGUUACUAAAAGUACUGUAAGAUGAGCAGUAAUCCACUUCAACCCAGUUUUUAAAAGCCAUGGGAUAUUCUAAUGACAAAGUAUCUGCGUAGGCAGAAAACGUCCUGUGUUUCUGUCCUUAGGCAGAAGAUGUCUGCUUAGGCAGAAAAGUUGUCCCUAUGUUGAUUUCAAUAUUGACUUGCUUGUCCCUUCUGAAUAAAUUUUUACACAUAGAUCCUUUUGUAUGAGGCAUUAAAAGCCAGAUUCCAACUUCAGAACAGGUUUUGUUUGUUUGUUUUCCUAUCAAUGUAAAAGCAAGAUCAGUCAAGGGUAAAACCUACUCCUAGGCCACAUCUGGGUGAGGAGACACCUCUGGAUUUGGAGACAGCCGCAUCAAUGGUUGUAACAUUGUGGUCAUGUAUACUGUCUGGGGUUUGCUGAGAACCCUACUCAUUCAACCUUUUGGUAACUUGAUACAUGUCCCUAGAAAUGUUACCCCAAUGUUGCUGGGAAGUUGCAAUUGGGGUAACUGCUCAAAAGGUAUUUGAGAGCCUGAAAAUGAAGGAAGGCCCAAAAAGGCUUAAGCAUGGAGCAACCCAUUCUCCAUACACAUCACAGUGAAUACCAGAGAUUUACUACUUAGAGGUGUUUAGAUGCAGUUCUCCAAGGGGAAUGUAAAUUACAUCUCUGUAAUAUCUCUGUGCUCUGUAUUGCCUAGGAACUAUGUCUAUUCAUGAAAGCUGUGUUCCUUCUACAGCCCAUGUUCUUAAGUAUACUGAGGUAAGACCAUUGAGGAAAUCAAGUUUAUUUUAAAGAGUAUGUUUAAUACAUGCCAUAACGGGCUCCAAAAUAUAGUUCAGAAACUAUAGA